CAAAAGUGAGUGUUUUGGUCGUCACGGAAGAAAAUUAAAAGCAAAUUUUCGAGGAUUUUACAUUAAAAUUUUAAAUAAUUUCACGUAAAAAAUCCUCGCUGACAUUCUCCGAACCAUCGUCAACAAUUUUCUUGCCGUCAUUCGUUCGACAAUAAUGUCUGCCUAAAAAGUCACUUUCUCGACUUUUUACAAAUAAAAAAAAACUUUUUACCUGAAGAUCGCCUCAAGAUGCUGCGACGCACAACGGAGCACCUCUCGAAGCAUGUUCGACGUCCCGAGAACAUCGCGAAAGGUGCUCUUUUCCAUGACUUGCCAACGAAUCGGAGACUCUCGAUAUUGCUGGCACGUACCUUGAAGGGAGACUUAUCGCCGAAAUUCCUCAUUUUCAGUCGAUGCAUGUGCAAAACGACUCCAACUGCUCCUGCGGCAACUCCAGAAAAGCAGAAAGUUAGCGUUCAAAAUCUCGAAAUCGACACAAACAAGGGAAAACUCGUGAUUAAGGCGACACUGAAUGACGAGUCGAAGCUCCAAACUGUCAUCAUCGAGAAACCAAAAGUCGAUGUUGCGAGUUUAACGAGCGUUGCGGCGAGUGUCAAGGACAAAUCGGAUGAAGAAGUGAAACGCGCGUUGGAACAAGAGCUGAAAAUCAAUUUGGAUAAGGAAGCAACGAUUGUUACGCCGCCCGCAACUCCUCCAGCAGCAUCGCCAAAGAAACGUUCGAAGGCAGAUCCGUCGCAUCUUUCGCUCGAACGGAAUUUUAUCACGCCAGUCAGAGCAAUGUCGGAUUUUUUGCUGAAACCAGCGGAUUUGGAAUCGCUUCCGAAGACGAAACGACGUUCGCCGUACGAACAAGAGCCGCCCAUCACGGUUUAUUGGAGGAAAGAUGUCGAAGCGAAAGCUAUCGAGGUAUGGGGAUCGCGAGAAAGUCUCCUGAAAGAGUGCCUAAAACGGGAAAUUGAGAAGAAAAAACAUCAGCAGAAUAUUUUUACGGUAAAGAGACGUUUGAGAGAUUAUAGGAGAGAGAUAGGAAGUAAAACGAAGGAAGUCGAUGAAGAAACUGGGUUAUUUGGGGGUAGCGGAAAAGUGGUUUUGACUGCUGUUGGAAUUAACGCUGCAAACUUCAUCUUCAAAUUCGGCGCUUGGGUGUAUACCGGUUCACACAGCAUGUUCGCCGAAGCAAUUCACUCCCUGGCUGAUACUCUCAAUCAACUCAUCUUAGCGUAUGGCAUCCACAAAUCCACACAAACUGCAGAUUCUGACCAUCCUUACGGCUAUUCCAACAUGAAAUACGUCUCGUCCCUCAUAUCAGGCGUCGGUAUCUUCUGCGUCGGCACCGGUCUUUCCUUCUAUCACGGCAUCGUUGGCUUACUUAACCCCGCUCCCGUUGGAGAUCUCACCUGGGCUCUUCUCAUUCUCGGCGGUUCGCUUGUUUCCGAGGGCGCUACACUCAUCGUCGCCAUGAAUCGCAUCCGUUUGGGCGCAAAAAAGAUGAACAUUUCCUUCAAGGAGUACGUUUUGCGUGGACAAGAUCCUUGCGUGAACGUUGUUUUGACAGAAGAUGCUGCCGCAGUGCUUUCUGUGGGUUUGGCGGGAUCUUGUAUGGGAUUGUCGCUCGUCACGGGGUCAUCUGUGCCUGAUGCUGUGGGGUCUUUGUUAGUUGGAUGCAUGCUCGGAGGCGUUGCUUCGUUCAUUAUUUACACAAAUGUCGCCGCUUUGGUAGGCAGAUCGAUUCCGCAGGAGGAUAUCGACAAAAUUAACUCGGAAUUGGAGGCUGACAUCAUGAUCAGGGCAAUUCACGAUGUGAAGGGAAUCGACAUGGGCAACACUUUGGUGCGUUAUAAGGCUGAAAUGGACUUCGAUGGCAGGGAAUUGACCCGAGUUUACUUGGAUAAGUUGGAUUUAAAUGCUUUGUUGGAGGAAAUCAAAAAUUUUGAGACAAUUGAUGAAGUAGAGUCUUUCAUGCUGAAACAUGGAGAGAAUAUCGUUGACUUGAUGGGCGGCGAAAUUGACAGAAUUGAGAUGAAAUUAAGAAAAAAAUUCCCGGAAAUCCGUCACUGUGAUCUUGAAAUUCUGUAAGCAGUUGCACGCUAGUCAUGAAAAAUGCCGACGCUAACCCAUUUUAAACGAUCUGAUAUUUCGCACGCUUCUUUUAACCAACAAGUUCUUGCGUCUUUUGUGAUAAAAACCUAAGAGAUACUUUUUUUUCUCCGUAUAAGUUGACAUUUCCAGCCCAAAAAUCCUGAAAUAUUUUAGGAACAAUGUACUAAACUGUUAAAAAAAAUUAAAUUAAUUAAAAAAGUAAAAAAAAUCGAUUUAUUGGAGUCAAGAUGUCUCGAUGACGGUAUGAACUUUAUCCAUAAUUCCAUUAUUUUCCAUCUCAAUGAGAUGAUAAUCGUCGAAAUUGGU